CUGAGCGAGUGGUUUAGGUCGAUAUCUUCGGCACGAGACUGAUUAAAAGGCGCGCGUGCGUGAAAACGGUUGACAAAAAAGUGAAGGUGCGACCACGAUUAUUACAGGAUAAUUCUGUCAAAAUAAUACCCAUAAGAAAAGCUAACGCGUAAUUGAGGAUAUACCACCCCCAAAGGCUAAUUCGCUAAAUCUCGAGCAGCUGGAUCCCCAACUCGCUCCCAAGUUUACCUCUGUUUUUGUGUGUGUGUGUCGCCGUUGCAAAUUUUUAUAAGUGAAAAAUUCCAACAACGUUGCUGCAAGCAGCAGCAACAACAGCAACCAGCUACAAGCCAUAUAUACAAGAGCGAAAAAUGAGGCAAAACACGUUUUGCUGAAGGAAAAAAAAUAUACAUGCUGAGUACAUGUGUGUGUGUGCCCCCGUGCGUGUAACUGUGUGUGUGCUGUCGUGUCCAUGUGUAUGUGUGUGUGUGAGCCCACCAACACCAAAAUGCAUGUAAAAAUGUGAAGAAAAAUGGCGACAGGCGACAAAUCAAGAAACCAUUCAAGUAACGCAAAAUGACGAGUUCUAAGAUGCAUUCAGAGAGUGAGAAACAAGACAAAAGUGCAACAAAUGAAGAAAGUGCAAAAUAAAUUAAGAAUAAACAUUAGACACAGCCUCCCAUCCGCUCCAAAGAUGGAGAGGCUCCUGCUCCUGUUUUUCCUGCUGCUGGCCAAGGAAUCCUUGUGCCAAACAGGUGACACAAAACUGGAGCUACUGGCACCGCGCGGCCGGAGUUAUGCCACAACCUAUGAACAAUAUGCCGCCUUUCCGAGAAGGAGGAGUUCCUCGCCGUCGGGUGAAAUGCAGUCCCGUGCCGUGGACACCAGUGCCGAUUUCGAGGUGCUCGAGGGUCAGCCGAGAGGAACCUCCGUUGGUUUCAUACCCACAAAGCCAAAGUUUUCGUACCGAUUCAACGAACCUCCUCGAGAGUUCACACUCGAUCCGGUAACGGGCGAGGUGAAGACCAAUGUGGUGCUCGAUCGGGAAGGAAUGCGCGACCACUACGAUUUGGUGGUGCUCUCUUCGCAGCCCACUUACCCUAUUGAAGUGAGGAUCAAGGUGCUGGAUGUUAAUGACAAUUCUCCGGAGUUUCCCGAACCCAGUAUUGCCAUAUCCUUCUCCGAAAGUGCUACUUCGGGGACUCGAUUACUCCUGGAUGCCGCCACUGAUGCUGAUUUUGGGGAAAACGGAGUGUCGGAUCAGUACGAGAUCGUGGCUGGAAAUGUGGACAAUAAAUUCCGUCUGGCCACCACGGCCAAUCCCAGUGGAGAUAAUUCCUAUCUACACCUGGAAACCACAGGUAAUCUGGAUCGCGAGUCACGUGGCAGCUACCAACUGAAUAUCUCAGCGAGGGAUGGAGGAUCUCCACCGCGUUUUGGGUUCCUCCAAGUUAAUGUCACUAUUCUGGAUGUCAAUGACAAUCCCCCGAUCUUCGAUCACAGCGAUUAUAAUGUAUCACUGAAUGAAACGGCACUACCGGGAACUCCAGUCGUGACUGUCAUGGCAUCGGACAAUGAUUUGGGGGACAACAGCAAGAUCACCUACUAUCUGGCCGAAACGGAGCACCAAUUCACGGUGAAUCCGGAGACGGGAGUCAUUUCCACCACGGAGCGAGUGAACUGUCCCCCGCAGACGAAUGUCAAGAGCUCCUCCAACCAGAAAAGCUGCGUCUUCACUGUGUUUGCCCGAGAUCAUGGGUCACCCAGGCAGGAUGGUCGUACUUAUGUGACAGUGAAUCUGCUGGACACCAACGAUCACGAUCCCAUCAUCAGUUUCCGGUACUUUCCAGAUGGCGGAAAAGUGGCCACUGUGGAUGAGAAUGCGGUGAAUGGAACCGUGGUAGCAGCCGUAGCCGUUAAGGAUUCCGAUUCCGGUUUAAAUGGCAAAACAGCGGUGCGGAUUGUUUCUGGCAACGAGUUGAGGCACUUUCGCCUCGAGGAGGCUGCCGAUCUGCACAUAGUAAGGGUAAAUGGAGUCCUGGAUCGCGAGGAGAUUGGCAAAUACAACUUGACGGUGGUGGCAAUGGAUCAGGGAUCCCCUGCAAGGACUACAACAGCCCACCUUAUCAUUGAUGUGAACGAUGUGAAUGAUCAUGAGCCUGUAUUUGAGAAAUCUGAAUAUUCGGCGGUGCUGAGUGAAUUGGCACCCACUGGAAGUUUUGUGGCCUCGAUUACGGCCACAGAUGAGGACACCGGCGUAAAUGCCCAGGUUCACUACGAUAUUCUUUCAGGCAACGAGCUAAAGUGGUUCUCCAUGGAUCCGCUGACGGGAUUGAUUGUGUCCUCGGGACCGCUAGAUAGAGAGGUUCGUGACACCAUAGAACUGAGUAUCUCUGCGCGGGAUGGAGGUCCAAAUCCCAAAUUUGCCUAUACCCAGCUGAAAGUCAUUAUUCUAGACGAGAACGAUGAAGCACCGCAGUUUAGCCAAAUGGAGCAGAAUGUUACCCUGGGCGAGGAUGCGCCACCGCAAACGCUGGUGGCUUUGGUGUCGGCCACUGACCAUGAUCAGGGCACCAAUGGUUCGGUGACCUUUGCCCUGGCGCCCAGCGUGGAACGCCUGUACCCGCGACAGUUUGCCCUCGAUGCGUUAACGGGCCAAUUAACAACGCGCCUGCCGCUCGAUCGUGAGAAAAUGUCGCGCUACGAGAUCCCCGUGAUUGCCCGCGAUCAGGGAGCACCCACGCCCCAAUCGGCCACGGCCACCGUUUGGCUAAAUGUGGCCGAUGUGAACGAUAACAAUCCCGAGUUUUAUCCCAGACACUACAUCUACACGCUCGCCGAUGAUGAUAGCAAAGCCAGGGAGAAGGAGAAGGCGAACGAGCAGACCCUGCUCCAAGUCACGGCCUCAGAUCAAGACGAUGGCGAUAAUGCCUUAAUUGAGUACCGACUGGAGUCAGGUGGCGAGGGCCUGUUCCAGCUGGACGCGCGAUCUGGUGCCAUCAGCCUGCGUGGCGAUGUUGCCACAUCGAUGCACCUGAAGCCCCACUACAGACUGCAAAUCUCGGCACGUGAUGCUGGGCAACGGAGGAGCCAAACGGACGCAGUGGUGGAGAUUGUGCUCAAGUCCAAGUCGGAGGUGCUCGAGUGUGGUCAGGGGCAGGGUGGUUAUGAGUUCCAGAUGCUCGAGGAUCACGAGCAGCAGAAGCCAAAGCAAUCGAAUCGCGAGGUGGGGAUCGUGCAGGUAAAGUCCCCGCAUGGCAAGCAAAAUAUGCCCAUCGAGUAUGAUAUCAUCCAGGGAGACAGGGAUCAGAAUUUCCAAAUUGAUUCCAGAAGUGGUCGCAUCACCACCGCCCGCACUUUGGAUCGCGAGGAGCAGGCCCACUAUCGCUUGACAAUCUUGGCCAGUUCCACGGCCAGUUCCUCGGUCGUUUUACAUGGCCAGUGCAGUGUGAAUAUUGCCAUAAUCGAUCUGAAUGAUAACGCCCCCGUUUUCUCCCUGGAUCGCGAUUCAGAUCCCACGAUCUGGCUGCCGGAGAAUGCGGCCGUGGGCCAGGAGAUCUACUUAUCUAGAGUGCGGGAUCGGGAUGCGGGUGUAAACAGUAGAAUUAGCUACAGUCUCACCAACAAUCCCGAUCAGCAGUUCCGCAUUGGACCAGUCACUGGAGUACUCUACCUGCAAAGGCCAUUAAGAGCGGAGCCGGGAUCGGUGAUUCACGUGGAACUAAUGGCCACGGACGCGGGAAGUCCUCCGCUCUCCAGUAAGUUCGGUCUUUCGCUGUUCAUAGCCGAUGUCAACGAUCACACGCCGGUGUUCGACCACACCUCCUACGAAACUUCUCUGCCGGAGACCACGAAAGUAAAUACUCGAUUUUUUGCACUGGCCGCUACGGAUAUUGAUUUGGGUGAGAACGGUCGAAUCUCGUACGAAAUCAUCGAAGGCAACAAUGAGCGCAUGUUCGGCGUAUUUCCCGAUGGUUUUCUGUUUGUAAGAGCUCCACUCGAUCGCGAGGAGCGGGAUUACUAUGCCCUCACAGUUUCCUGCCGGGAUGCCGGCCAGCCAUCCAGAUCCUCGGUGGUCCCCGUGGUGAUCCAUGUGAUCGAUGAAAACGACAAUGCACCGCAGUUUACCAACAGCACAUUUACGUUCAGUAUUCCGGAGAAUGCGCCUGCGGAUACGUUUGUGGGUAAACUCACGGCUGUGGAUCGGGAUAUCGGACGGAAUGCGGAGCUUAGUUUUACGCUUUCCAGUCAGACGCAGGACUUCACGAUAGAUACGAGGAAUGGUUUCAUCAAGACUCUACGUCCUUUCGACCGCGAGGCUCUGGUUAAAGUGAGCAGGAACUCGGAGGCGGGAAGUGAAGAGGGAAACCUGAGGGGAUCCUUGGCGGGAAAUUACAUGCUGCUGGAGGCCACAGUUUCGGACAAUGGCAAUCCCCGUCUGCAGGAUAAAGUCAAAGUGAAGGUGAUUGUCACAGAUGUUAACGAUAAUGCGCCGGAAUUCCUGCGAGCUCCUUACCAUGUGACCAUUUCUGAGGGCGCCUCUGAGGGAACGCAUAUCACCCACGUCUUCACCCAAGAUGCCGAUGAGGGCCUGAAUGGAGAUGUCUACUACACAUUGGCCAAGGGUAAUGAGGCGGGUCAAUUUAGCCUGGACAGUGCCACAGGACAGCUUUCGCUGGCCCGCAGCUUAGAUCGGGAAUCCCAGGAGAUUCAUCACCUGAUCGUUGUGGCCCGGGAUGCUGCCCUUAAACACCCACUAAGCUCCAAUGCCAGCAUUACGAUUGUGGUUCUGGACGAGAACGACAAUGCCCCGGAGUUCACACAGUCGAGCAGUGAGGUUUCCGUUUUGGAGACAAGUCCAACAGGCACGGAACUGAUGCGUUUCAGGGCCAGUGAUGCGGAUCAGGGAGUGAAUAGCCAGGUGGUGUUCAGCAUAUCGGCUGGCAAUCGCCGGGACACUUUCCAUAUUGACAGCACUACAGGCAGCCUCUAUCUGCAUAAGCUUUUGGACUACGAGGACAUAACCAGCUACACUCUUAACAUUACCGCCUCCGAUUGCGGCACUCCCUCGCUGUCCACCACUGUUCUAUACAACGUACUGGUUGUGGAUGAUAACGACAACCCACCGAUUUUUCCUAGCACUGCGAUUGUUCGACAGAUCAAGGAGGGGAUUCCCCUGAAGACACCCAUUGUGACUGUCACUGCAGACGAUCCAGAUUCGGGACUCAACGGCAAGGUGAGCUACGCGAUCAGCAAACAGGAACCCCAACUUUCGCAAGGACGACACUUUGGCAUAAACACGGAGACGGGUGUGAUUCAUACACUAAGGGAGAUAGAUCGCGAAUCCAUCGACACUUUUCGCCUGACAGUGGUGGCCACGGAUCGGGCUCAGCCGUCGGAACGACAGCUCUCCACGGAAAAGCUGGUCACCGUGAUUGUGGAGGACAUCAACGACAAUGCCCCCGUGUUUGUGUCCAUGAAUGCUGCGAUUCUACCGGCGAAACCAACUGCCAAAGGAAGCAGCACGGCUGUGAUGCAAGUGCAUGCCAAGGAUGCAGACUCAUCGAGCAACGGCCUGGUGACCUACGAGAUAGUCAGUGGCCAACAGGAGCUGUUCCGGCUUCAGAGGAACACGGGAAUAAUAACCUUUACCCCGGGACCCCAAUUCAAGCAGGAGGUGCACUACCAACUCACUUUAAAAGCCACCGAUGAAGCGGUGCAGAGCGAGCGUCGCAGCAGCGAAGUGUACAUCACGAUCAUCACGCCGGGUUCCGCCGGAAGUGAGUCAUCCGUGCCGCAGUUCGAACGGCGGGAUAUGCUUUCCGGUUCGGUGUAUGAGAACGAGCCCAUUGGCACGAGCAUUCUCACAGUGACUGCUCAUCUGGCGGGCGCCGAAAUAGAGUACUUUGUGACCAAUGUCACGGCAGCAGGAUCACAUGGGCAGGUUGAUCGCCUGUUUGACAUCGAUGCCAAGCUGGGAAUCCUGUCCACAGCCGCUGAAUUGGACAGAGAGGCUGGACCCGACGACUACGAGGUGGAGGUCUACGCCAUUGCUCUUGGGGGACCACCGCGCACAUCACGCACCAAGGUCAGAGUAACAGUUCUCGACAAGAACGAUAGUCCCCCGCAGUUCCUCGACACCCCGUUCGUCUUUAAUGUCAGCGAGGACCUGGAGAUUGGACACACCAUCGCCACACUGCGAGCCCACGAUCCGGAUACUCUCGGUUCGGUGACGUUCCUCCUGAUGGAUGGCCACGAUGGCAAGUUCCUGCUGGAGCCGCCAACGGGGAAACUUCUUCUCAACGACACUCUCGAUCGGGAGACGAAGAGCAAGUACGAGCUACGGAUCCGCGUUUCCGAUGGGGUGCAGUACACAGAGGCAUAUGCCACCAUCCUGGUGAGCGAUACCAACGACAAUCCGCCCAUGUUCGAGGACACCGUGUACUCCUUUGACAUACCCGAAAAUGCUCAGCGUGGCUACCAAGUGGGUCAGAUUGUGGCCAGGGAUGCUGAUCUCGGCCAGAAUGCCCAGCUGUCCUACGGAGUGGUAUCGGAUUGGGCGAACGACGUGUUUAGUCUGAAUCCGCAAACAGGAAUGCUGACCCUGACCGCUCGACUGGAUUACGAAGAGGUUCAGCACUACAUCUUAAUAGUUCAGGCCCAGGAUAAUGGACAACCCAGUCUGUCCACAACCAUUACGGUCUACUGCAACGUGCUCGAUCUGAACGACAAUGCUCCUAUUUUCGACCCCAUGAGCUAUUCAAGUGAGGUGUUUGAGAAUGUGCCCAUCGGCAAUGAGGUGGUCACUGUGUCAGCGAAGGACAUUGAUUCAGGCAACAACGGACUCAUUGAGUACAGCAUUACCGCAGGGGACGCCGACUUGGAGUUCGGAAUCGAUAGCAAUGGCACUAUCCGCACUCGCCGCCAUUUGGACAGGGAACACCGAUCCACGUACACACUUACUGUGACCGCCCGCGAUUGCGCCGAUGAGUUCGCAUCCUUCAGCGAACUGGAGGAGACGCAGUUGAAGCUCAAGUAUCGAUCGCCCAGACGAUACCAGCAGAAUCAGCAGCAGUUUCUGGCCCAUCAACAGCAGCAGCGAUUGUCGUCGACUGCAAAGGUAUCGAUAGUCAUCAAAGAUGUCAACGACGAAGUGCCCGUCUUCGUUUCCGCAAACGAAACGGCGAUCAUGGAGAAUGUGGCUAUCAACACGGUCGUUAUCGCUGUCAAAGCUGUCGACAAUGACGAGGGCAAAAACGGUUUAAUCGAUUAUCUCAUGAAGGAGGCCACAGUCGAGGACAUGGGUCAAUCCGUGCCGCUACCCUUCUCUCUGAACCAGAAAGAUGGACAGUUGCACGUAGUGAAUGCACUAGAUCGCGAGUUGCGUUCAAGCUAUCUCCUCAAUAUCACUGCCCGCGAUCGCGGAGAACCACCUCAGUACACGGUGUCGCAGUUGCUCAUCCGAAUUCUGGAUGAAAACGACAAUAGUCCCGUUUUCGAUCCGAAGCAAUACUCGGCCUCGGUGGCGGAAAACGCCAGCAUUGGUGCCAUGGUCCUCCAAGUAUCCGCCACUGAUGUGGACGAAGGUGCUAAUGGUCGCAUCCGAUAUUCCAUAGUAAUGGGUGAUCAGAACCAUGACUUUAGCAUUAGUGAGGACACGGGUGUGGUGCGGGUUGCCAAGAAUUUGAACUAUGAACGACUUUCGCGCUACUCCCUUACAGUUCGCGCCGAAGACUGCGCUUUGGAUAAUCCAGCCGGUGACACGGCGGAGUUGACCAUCAAUAUCCUGGAUAUUAACGAUAAUAGGCCCACAUUCUUGGAUUCCCCUUACCUGGCGAGGGUCAUGGAGAACACAGUGCCGCCGAAUGGUGGCUAUGUGCUCACGGUAAACGCCUACGAUGCUGACACCCCCCCUCUGAAUUCGCAAGUGCGCUAUUUCCUAAAGGAAGGCGAUAGUGAUCUCUUCCGCAUUAAUGCCUCUUCUGGUGACAUUGCAUUGCUUAAACCACUGGAUCGAGAGCAACAGAGCGAGUAUACCCUGACAUUGGUGGCAAUGGACACGGGUUCCCCUCCACUUACGGGCACUGGAAUCGUACGAGUGGAGGUGAAGGACAUCAACGACAAUGAUCCUGUCUUCGAACUGCAAUCCUAUCACACCACUGUACGGGAGAAUUUUCCACCUGGCACUCAUGUCCUGCGACCCAAGGCCACUGAUAAAGAUGAAGGACUAAACUCCAAACUGCGCUUUAGCCUACUUGGCGAGUACAUGAAUCGGUUUUACAUUGACUCGGCCACCGGGGAGAUUACGACGGCCACUUCGCUGGAUCGUGAGGAGACUUCCGUUUACUAUUUAACACUCAUGGCGCAGGACAGUUCCAUUACGGAGCCACGAGCCUCGUCCGUAAACCUGACAAUAAGUGUGUCCGAUGUUAACGACAACGUUCCCAAAUUUGACUCUGGCAGUUACAACGUCACCGUUCCGGAUAGAAUCAGUACGGGUGAGUUUGUUUUUGGAGCCCAGGCCUUGGACUUGGAUGAAGGCAAGAACGCUGUGGUUCAGUACAGCAUCAGUGGUAGAGACCAGCACUACUUCGAUAUAAACACCAAGACAGGAGUAGUGAGCACAAAGCUGGAGCUCAAGAGUAACAGCAAAUCUCCUGGGGAUUUGACUUACACAAUUGUUAUAACUGCAAUAGAUCAAGGUGAAACCCCUCUAAGUUCCAAGGCUGAACUGACUGUAAUCCUUCGACCUCCGGAGCUCUUUCCAACCUUCGCCUACAUGACCAAUAGCCACUUUACCAUGUCGGAGGAUGUACAGCCAGGCAAAAUGAUAACCAAAGUCAGUGCUGCAUCGCCUAAGAAAGGAUUGGCGGGUAAAAUGCGCUAUGCCAUAGCAGGCGGAAAUAUUGGAGACUCUUUGAGAGUGGAUGCUCAUAGCGGAGUGUUGAGCGUGGGACCAGAUGGCUUGGACUAUGAGUUGACACAUCUCUACGAGAUUUGGAUUGAGGCAGCCGAUGGCGAUAUCCCAAGCCUGCGUAGUGUUACUUUAAUAACCCUGAACGUGACGGAUGCCAAUGAUAACGCACCCAUCUUGGAGAAACUCAUUUAUAACGUAGAAGUUUUGGAGGAGGAGUCACCGCCUCAGUUGAUAGCCGUAAUUAAAGCCAGCGAUCGCGAUUCCGGCGACAAUGGUAAGGUCAUCUGUCGCUUACAGAAUGAUUUCGAUGGCACCUUUGAGAUCAUGGAAUCGGGCGAGAUUUACACCAGGAUGCGACUGGAUCGGGAGGAAAUCGGUGACUACGCUUUCGUUGUGGAAGCCGUGGAUCAGGGAGUGCCCCAUUUAACUGGCACAGCCAGUGUGCUGCUGCAUCUUUUGGAUAAGAACGAUAAUCCGCCCAAGUUUACGCGUCUCUUCUCCUUGAAUGUAACCGAGAAUGCCGAGAUCGGCAGCUUUGUGAUCCGUGUGACCUCCUCCGAUUUGGAUCUGGGUGCCAAUGCCAAUGCCUCCUACUCGUUCAGCGAGAAUCCUGGCGAGAAGUUCCGCAUCGAGCCACAGAGUGGCAAUAUUACUGUGGCCGGUCAUCUUGAUCGCGAGCAGCAGGACGAGUACGUCCUGAAAGUGGUGGCUUCGGAUGGAGCCUGGCGUGCAGAGACACCCAUAACAAUCACGAUCCAAGACCAGAAUGACAAUGCCCCGGAAUUCGAGCACAGCUUCUACAGCUUUAGCUUCCCGGAGCUGCAGCAAUCGAUUGCAUUAGUGGGCCAGAUCAUAGCCACAGAUCGCGAUAAACAAGGUCCCAACUCGGUCAUCUCCUACUCACUGCAACAGCCGUCACCCAUGUUCAGCAUUGAUCCGGCCACCGGGGAGGUCUUUAGCAAAAAGGCGGUACGCUUCAAGCACUCUCAGUAUGUUCGCUCCCCGGAGAACAUGUAUGCCCUCACCGUUUUGGCAACGGAUAAUGGAAAGCCGCCGCUAUAUUCCGAGUGCCUGGUGAAUAUCAACAUCGUGGAUGCUCACAAUAAUCCUCCGAAGUUCGAACAAGAGGAGUAUCUGGCUCCAUUGCCAGAGGAUGCGGUGCGUGGCCAGCGAAUUGUUCGUGUCCACGCAACUGACAAACAGGAUGCGGGUGUUAAUGAAAUGGACUAUUUCCUGGUGUCCUCCGAUCUAAACUCAAACUUCAUGAUCGGUCGACAUGACGGUUGGAUCACUCUGGUAAGACCACUCCAAGUGCCCCCCAUGACUCGAUAUGAAUUGGUUGUGAGGGCAACGGAUCGCGGGGUUCCUCCACAGUCUGAUGAGACUCGCGUCAUUAUCGUGGUGACCGGAGACAAUCUAGACACUCCGAUGUUCUCGGUCAACAGCUACCAGGUUAUUGUGCCCGAGAACGAGCCCGUUGGUUCCACCAUCAUAACAGUCGGCGCCACAGACGAUGAUGUGGGUCCAAAUGGCAUGCUGCGAUAUGCAAUUUCUGGUGGCAACGAGCGACAUGACUUCAGUGUUGAUGAACGCACGGGCGGAAUUGUGAUACAGCAGCAACUGGAUUAUGAUCUAAUACAAGAAUACCACUUGAACAUUACGGUUCAGGAUCUGGGCUACCAACCAUUGUCCGCAGUUGCAACGCUUACCAUUAUCUUGACGGAUGUGAACGAUAAUCCACCUGUGUUCGACCAGAAGGAAUACCACGGUUAUAUACCCGAAAACAAACCGGUGGGCACUUUUGUGUUCCAGGCCCAUGCCACGGAUAAGGAUUCGCCGAAAAAUGCUAUCAUUCAUUAUUCAUUUUUACCCAGCGGAACGGAUCGUCACUUUUUUAUGAUGAACCAAAGUAAUGGUAGCAUUUCGUCGGCGGUUUCUUUUGAUUACGAGGAACGCCGCGUCUACACACUCCAACUUAAGGCAAAGAACCCGGAUUCCAGCAUGGAGAGCUAUGCAAAUCUGUAUGUGCAUGUGCUGGGUGUAAAUGAGUUUUACCCCCAGUUUCUUCAGCCAGUUUUCCACUUCGAUGUCUCUGAAACAUCAGCCGUGGGCACCAGAGUGGGUGCUGUUCAGGCCACGGACAAAGAUAGCGGAGAAGAUGGACGUGUUUACUACCUGUUGGUGGGUUCCAGUAACGACAAAGGAUUCGGAAUUGACACACACACUGGUUUGAUUUAUGUAGCCCGGCAUUUGGAUCGUGAAACCCAAAACCGAGUGGUGCUCACCGUGAUGGCCAAAAACUACGGCAGUAUUCGAGGCAAUGACACUGAUGACGCUCAGGUCAUCAUCUCGAUUCAGGAUGGCAAUGAUCCUCCGGAGUUCAUUAAACACUACUACACCGCGACCAUUUCCGAGGCUGCUCCAAUAGGCACAAAGGUAAAGACUGUGAAAGCUAUUGACAAGGAUGUGAGGCCGCAGAACAAUCAGUUUAGUUAUUCCAUCAUCAACGGCAACCUCAAGCAGAGCUUUAAGAUCGAUGUGCAGACGGGUGAGAUUAGUACGUCAAGUCAUCUGGAUCGCGAGGAAAUUGCCACUUAUAAUUUGGUGAUUGGAGCAAUAGACACUGGGUUGCCCCCGCAAACGGGAAGUGCUACUGUUCACAUAGAACUCGAAGAUGUGAAUGACAAUGGUCCCACCCUCACACCAGAAGCCCUAAGCGGCUACAUUUCCGAGAACGAACCAGCUGGAUCUUCCAUCAUGACUUUAAUGGCCACUGAUCCGGAUCUACCCCGAAACGGUGGACCCUUCACCUAUCAGUUAAUUGCUGGUAAACACAAAUCCUGGCUGAAUAUUGACAAAAACACUGGUCUGGUUAAGUCUACCACCAGUUACGAUAGGGAGGUCACACCCAUCCUGGAGGCAAUAAUCGAGGUGGAGGACAGUGGAAAGCCAAAACAAAGGUCCCAACACCUGCUCACCAUCACAGUUUUGGAUCAGAACGAUAAUCCCUCAACAACGAGAAGUAUGGACUUGACUGUCAGUCUAUUUAAUGGCGAUCUACCAUCGAAUGUUAAGCUGGCUGAUGUGCGUCCCAAUGACAUUGACAUUGUGGGUGAUUAUCGUUGUCGCCUUCAGAAGAAUCCCGCCCAGAGUCAGAUGCAAUUGGCCAUUCCACGAGCUUGUGAUCUUGUUACCACAUCGCAUACCACACCGAUAGCUUCUGUCUUCAGCUACACGGGUAAUGAUGGAAAGCAUGGGGAUGUUAGCUCUAAAGUGAGUGUGGCCUUCCAGAGUUUCAACAAUGAGACCCUGGCGAAUUCAGUUUCCAUAAUGGUGCGCAACAUGACGGCUAACCAUUUCUUGGCCAAUCACUAUAGACCAAUGCUGGAGAUGAUUAAGUCUAGAAUGGGCAACGAGGAUGAAAUCCUUUUGUAUAGUCUACUGGAGGGUGGGGGAGGGAACUCCACUAGUCUCCAAGUGCUAAUGGCCGUAAAAUCAGCAAAGAGUGGCUAUCAACAACCCAGGCACUUGAUUGAACGCUUGCGAGAAAAACGGUCGGCUUUUUCGGAACUUCUUCAGAAAGAGGUGAUUGUGGGCUACGAACCCUGUAGUGAACCAGAUGUGUGCGAAAAUGGAGGAGUGUGCAGUGCCACAAUUCGACUGCUGGAUGCCCACAACUUUGUUAUCCUGGAUAGUCCCUCUUUGGUGGUAAGUGGACCUCGGAUCGUACAUGAUUAUAGUUGCCAGUGCACCAGGGGUUUCUCCGGGGAUCAAUGCAGCCGUAGACAGGAUCCUUGCGUGCCAAAUCCUUGCCAUUUACAAUUCCAAUGCCGCCGCUUGGGUAGCGAUUUCCAGUGCAUGUGUCCGGCCAAUCGAGAUGGCAAACAAUGCGAAAAGGAGCGCAGUGAUGUGUGCUACAGCAAGCCAUGUCGAAAUGGAGGAAGUUGUCAACGGAGUUCGGAUGGAUCGUCUUAUUUCUGCAUUUGUCGAUCUGGGUUCCGCGGCAAUCAGUGCGAGAGUGUGGCUGACUCAUGUCGUCCCAAUCCCUGUCUACAUGGUGGACUAUGUGUAAGUCUUAAGCCGGGAUACAAGUGCAACUGCACCCCGGGACGAUAUGGAAGGCAUUGUGAACGCUUUAGCUACGGAUUCCAACCUCUCUCGUAUAUGACUUUCCCUGCUCUGGAUGUCACCACCAAUGACAUAUCCAUCGUUUUCGCUACCACGAAACCGAACUCCUUGCUGCUCUACAAUUACGGAAUGCAGAGUGGCGGAAGAUCGGACUUCCUGGCCAUCGAAUUGGUGCACGGCAAGGCGUACUUCUCAUCCGGAGGAGCUCGCACUGCCAUCAGCACGGUGAUUGCCGGACGGAAUCUGGCCGACGGAGGAUGGCACAAGGUCACGGCCACUCGAAAUGGACGUGUAAUGUCUCUCAGUGUGUCCAAGUGUGCGGAUUCCGGAGAAAUAUGUACGGAGUGCACGCCCGGAGAUUCCAGUUGCUAUGCGGCCGAAGUGGGACCCGUUGGAACUCUCAACUUCAAUAAGCAGCCUUUGAUGAUCGGCGGCUUGUCAUCGGCUGAUCCCAUUUUGGAGCGUCCUGGCCAAGUCCACAGUGAUGAUCUUGUUGGCUGUCUGCACAGUGUGCACAUUGGAGGACGUGCUCUGAACCUGAGCUCACCGCUUCAGCAAAGGGGCAUUUUGCCAGGAUGCAAUCGACAAGCGUGUCAGCCCGCUUUGGCCAUUGAACGCUGUGGAGGAUUUGCAGGACAAUGCAUUGAUCGGUGGUCCAGUUCGCUGUGUCAGUGCGGCAGCUAUUUGCAGUCGCCGGAUUGCUCGGACUCCUUGGAACCCAUUACCCUAAGUGGUGGCGCCUUCGUGGAGUUCAGGAUCUCCGAAAUAUAUCGCCGAAUGCAGCUGCUGGAUAACCUUUACAGUAGCAAAAGUGCCUGGUUGGAUAACAGUCAGCUAAGGGAGCGUCGUCAAGUGGGAGCUGCCAACAACUUUAGUACCGCUUCCCAGAUCUACGAAACCCCCAAAAUGCUGAGUCUUCUAUUCCGCACUUACAAGGAUCAGGGACAGCUCCUUUAUACGGCCACCAACCAAAUGUUUACUUCGCUAUCGCUCCAGGAAGGCCGCUUGGUUUACUACUCCAAGCAGCAUCUCUCCAUCAACAUGACAGUGCAGGAAUCUUCUCAGCUAAACGAUGGCAAAUGGCACAAUGUCAGUUUGUACAGCGAAAGUCGGAGUUUGAGGCUACUGAUCGAUGGCCACAAAGUGGGCGAUGAACUGGAUAUUGCCGGAGUGCAUGACUUUUUGGAUCCCUAUUUGACCACUUUCAAUGUGGGUGGAGAACACUUCGUUGGAUGCCUGGCCAAUGUCACAGUGAACAACGAACUGCAGCCGUUAAAUGGAUCAGGCAGCAUCUUUUCCGAGGUUCGAUAUCAUGGCAAGAUUGAGUCCGGUUGCAGCGGAGACAUGGGUCAAGAUGCCGCCCAGGUGGCCGAUCCCUUAAGCAUUGGUUUCACCUUGGUUAUCGUCUUCUUCGUCAUCCUGGUGGUGGCCAUACUGGGUUCCUAUGUUAUCUAUCGGUUCCGAGGAAAGCAGGAGAAGAUCGGCAGCUUGAGUUGUGGUGUGCCUGGUUUUAAGAUCAAACAUCCCGGCGGUCCAGUGCCACCGAGUCAAGUGGAUCACGUCAUGGUGCGUAAUCUUCAUCCCAGUGAAGCUCCUUCGCCGCCAGUUGGAGCUGGCGACCACAUGCGUCCACCUGUUGGUAGUCAUCACUUGGUGGGUCCUGAACUGCUGACCAAGAAGUUUAAGGAGCCCACGGCGGAGUUACCCCAACAGCAGCCGCAACAACGUCCCCAGCGUCCGGAUAUCAUAGAGCGGGAGAGUCCACUGAUUCGGGAGGAUCACCACCUGGCCAUUCCGCCCCUCCAUCCACUUCCACUUGAGCACGCCGGCUCCGUUGAUCUGGGUUCCGAGUACCCGGAGCACUACGACCUGGAGAAUGCCAGCUCAAUUGCUCCCUCCGACAUUGAUAUUGUGUACCAUUACAAGGGUUAUAGGGAAGCGGGUGGUUUGCGGAAGUACAAGGCCACUGCUCCACCGGUUUCCGCCUAUACGCACCACAAACACCAGAGUUCCGGUUCGCAGCAGCAGCAGCAACAGCACCGUCAUGCUGCUCCAUUUGUGACCCGCAAUCAAGGUGGCCAACCACCGCCACCGCCCACCAGUGCAUCCCGCACCCAUCAGAGCACUCCGCUGGCCAGGCUUUCGCCCAGUUCCGAGUUGAGCUCCCAACAGCCGCGUAUCCUCACCCUGCACGACAUAUCCGGCAAGCCGCUCCAAAGCGCCCUACUGGCCACCACCUCCAGUUCCGGUGGCGUUGGCAAGGAUGCCCACAGCAACAGUGAACGCAGCUUGAACAGUCCGGUGAUGUCGCAACUAUCCGGACAAAGUUCCAGUGCCAGUAGGCAGAAGCCGGGAGUUCCGCAGCAGCAGAGUCAGCAGACAUCCAUGGGACUGACAGCCGAGGAGAUUGAGAGGCUGAAUGCUAGACCACGAACUUGCAGUUUGAUCUCCACCCUGGAUGCCGUCUCCUCCAGCAGUGAGGCACCUCGAGUGUCGAGUAGUGCCCUCCACAUGUCCUUGGGCGGGGAUGUGGAUGCCCACAGUUCCACUUCUACAGACGAAAGCGGCAACGAUAGCUUCACCUGCUCGGAGAUCGAGUACGACAAUAACAGUCUAAGUGGCGAUGGAAAGUAUUCGACCAGUAAGAGCCUUCUGGAUGGACGCAGUCCCGUGUCGAGAGCCCUCAGUGGAGGAGAUACGGGGAGAAAUCCACCGACGAGUGUGGUCAAGACCCCGCCCAUUCCGCCGCACGCCUACGACGGAUUCGAGUCGUCAUUUCGUGGAUCGCUGAGUACUCUGGUAGCCAGCGAUGAUGACAUAGCCAACCAUCUGAGCGGAAUCUAUCGAAAGGCCAAUGGCGCUGCAUCCCCAUCGGCCACCACGCUCGGUUGGGAGUACUUACUGAAUUGGGGGCCCAGCUACGAAAACCUGAUGGGCGUCUUUAAGGAUAUCGCCGAACUUCCGGAUACAAACGGACCGCCGUCACAACAGCAACAGCAGCAGCAAACCCAAGUUGUGUCCACGCUGCGAAUGCCAUCAUCGAAUGGACCGGCGGCUCCUGAGGAGUACGUGUAAUAUAUUAAAUUUACUAAUGUGAUUCACAGAACUUCAAAAUUCUGGGAUAGCAACGGUCUGCAAGCCUGAAAAUAGUUGAAAAACAUGGGGUAUUCUCGAAAAUCGUGUAUGUAAAUUUUGUGUAAAGUUGCAUCCUUUCAUAGUAGAUGUUAAGUAAUGCCAUUUUAUUUCGCAAUGUACAACGAAAACGUAACGAGGAUAGAUAUUAAGUUAAAGAAAAUGUAGAAUCGUAAAUUUGUAGAAAAAUAAGACUUUAAUCUUAUAUGAACGCCUUGUAUCAAGGUCAACCAUCCUAAGUGCACUUUCGUUAAGGGUUCGAAGGCGAAACUGUAACGACUGAUACUUCCAUACAUUAACAUUCUCAUUAAUUGUGGAUCAUUUCUAUUGCUGAUUAAUUGGAAUUCUGUACUUGUGUAAAUGAUUUCCCGAGUGCUAUAUUAAGAUAGUUUCAGCAACACUAUGUAUUGAUUUUUACCGCCAUUUAAGUACAUUUUAACAUUGUUCUAAUUUAUUGACAAUCUCGCCCAACAUCCCCUAACUAACUGCCUUAGUUGUAGUUUUAGACAAUUAAUUUCAGAGAUACUUCGCAUUCCUUUAGAUAUAGCUAAAAACACCGUGUAUAUGUACGUAAGCUUGUAUUUCUAAUUCGUAGUAAAAUGUUAUUAAAUACAU